UUGACGGCGAUACGUACAGCAACGCGAUUUUGCAGACUGGAAUUGAUAUGAAUGUUGCGGCUGAUGGAUCAGUUUCGUUCGAUGCGUGGUAUGAGUGGUUUCCAGAUUAUUCAUACACUUUUGACAUCGCUAUCAAUGCCGGUGAUGAAGUCAGCAUGACUGUAAUUGCCUCGAGCAGCACCGAAGGCACUGCAAUAAUCGAGAACAUCACGACAGGAGACCAAGCGUACAUUGAUCUGAGCUCAACGUAUGCGCUUGGAGGCCAGAAUGCGGAGUGGAUUGUGGAGGAUUUCGAGGUCAAUAAUCAGUUGGUGUCAUUCGCGGAUUUCGGCACAGUUGCGUUUACGAAUUGUGUGGCGACGACGGAGCAGCAAAGGGUUGGUGUCGAAGGGGCGACGAUAAUUGAGAUUGGGGAUUCUGGGGGACAGUUGACGGGGGUCAAUAUCGUGAAUAAUGAGGAGGUGGUAGUGUUUUGGAAAUCACACUAGACAGAGAGAAAUAGAAAGCAACA